AUGAAUGUUCGCAUCGGAGCCGUGUAUCACAUUGGUUUUCCCGUUGCGAGUCGAGCAUCCUUUGGCAUUUGGGGGAGUUUAUGGCCAAUCUUCAAUCGUGCCGCCAUGGCAUGCAUCUGGUAUGGAGUUCAAGCCUAUAUCGGAGGCAACUGUGUGUACCUGAUGAUUCGUUCAAUCUGGACAUCAUGGGAUCGCGCCAAGAUGCCUGGUCCUUUCGACGGGGGUGUGUCGAGCACAGCAGACUUUGUAUCAUUCUUCAUUUUCUGGUUGUGUUCCCUCCCUGCCAUCUGGUUUCCUGUCCACAAGAUUCGACACCUAUUUACCGUCAAGGCAUAUUUUGUCCCACCGGCGGGCAUCGCCUUCUUGAUCUGGGCUCUUGUGCGUGCAGGGGGCGUCGGGCCAAUUGUUCAAAAGCCGAACAUGAUACAUGGCGGCGACUUGGCUUGGGCAAUCGUCAAAGGCAUCAUGUCUUCCAUUGCCAAUUUUGCCACUCUCAUCAUUAAUGACUGCGACUUCACGAGAUUUGCUCGUAAGCCAAAUGAUGCUCUGUGGUCUCAGUUAUUUGCAAUCCCAAUCGGAUUUGCCUCUACGUCUCUGAUUGGCAUCUUCGUGUCAUCGUCAUCGAGUGUCAUCUACAAUCAGCCGAUCUGGAACCCUCUGAGUCUGUUGGGCAACUUUAUAGAUGAUGGCGGUGCAGCGCAGCGAUUCGGUGUCUUUGUUAUAUCGUUGGCGUUUGCCGUUGCCCAGCUCGGUACCAACAUUUCGGCCAACUCCAUCUCUGCAGGCUCUGACAUGACGGCUCUACUUCCCCGAUUUAUCAACAUUCGACGCGGUGGAUACAUAUGCGCGGCCGUUGGUUUGGUUAUGUGCCCGUACAACUUGCUAACCAGCGCCAACAACUUCACCACCUAUCUUUCAGCAUAUAGCGUUUUCCUCAGCUCCAUUGCUGGCGUCAUGUCCACCGACUACUACAUUGUCAGGAAAGGCUAUUUGAACGUCAAGGAAAUGUACGACGCACGCAAGACCGGCCCGUACUUUUACACAUUCGGUGUAAAUUGGCGGGGUUACACUGCGUAUUUUGCUGGAAUCCUCAUCAAUGUCGUUGGAUUCGCCGGCGCCGUAGGUCAACAGGUGCCCAAAGGGGCGACAUACAUAUACAACCUCAACUUUUUCUGCGGUUUCGUUGUGUCAUCCUUGACGUACUGGAGUCUCUGCAAAAUGGCCCCAUUACCAGAAACAAGUGAAAAGUGGUUGGAGGUCGGGGACGCGAUUGAUGAUUUGCAACUUGCAUAUGAUCGUACAAGCGACGGAUAUGACGAGGAGAAGGUGACUGCUAUGUCGAGAAAAGAUGGAGGACAUCGAGCGAUGGGCCUGUAG